GCGCGAAGAUCUAAAAGACAACGUCAAACGCUCUAAAAAAGGAGGGAGAAUUCUGGAAACCCUCUUCAGUCUGUUAGCUUUUAGAACUCUCUAGAGUCUACGCUCCAUAGCUCUCUCCAUCUACACGUCAACUUUAAAUUCCCCAAGACUCAGAUCACUUUCUCGCAUCAAUCAGCAAACGAACAAACCUUCUAGCAUUUGCCAUUUCCUUUUUAGAAAUCCUAAAUUCUCACAUUUUCUCUUAGCUUACCUUAGCGCAUUUCAUUAAUGGAAGACGAUUUUGAGGUCCCAACAGGGAGCGACAUGGAAGAAGACGAGAUGCACUACCCAGAAAAUGAACCAGUUGACCCAAUUGACCCAAUUCUCAAAGUCGGUGAGGAGAAAGAGAUUGGGAAAAAUGGUCUGAAGAAAAAACUGGUUAAGGAAGGUGAAGGAUGGGAGACUCCCGAUACUGGUGAUGAAGUUGAAGUUCAUUACACUGGGACUUUGCUUGAUGGAACCAAAUUUGAUUCCAGUCGGGACAAAGGGAGUACUUUUAAGUUCCAACUUGGCUUAGGGCAAGUAAUAAAGGGCUGGGAUGAGGGUAUCAAAACAAUGAAGAGGGGUGAAAAUGCCAUUUUCACAAUACCUUCUGAGCUGGCGUAUGGGGAAUCUGGAUCACCUCCAACUAUUCCUCCUAAUGCAACUCUUCAAUUUGAUGUGGAAUUGGUUUCUUGGAAUAGUGUCAAGGACAUAUGCAAAGAUGGAGGAAUCUUCAAGAAAAUACUUGUUAAAGGGGAGAAAUGGGAAAAUCCAAAAGAUUUGGAUGAAGCAUUCGUUAAAUAUGAAGCUUGUUUAGAAGAUGGUACUAUCAUUUCGAAAUCUGAUGGGAUAGAGUUCACUGUUGGAGAUGGCUAUUUCUGCCCUGCCUUAGCAAAGGCAGUAAAAACAAUGAAGAAAGGAGAGAAAGUCUUGUUGACAGUGAAGCCACAAUAUGCAUUUGGUGAGGAUGGUAGGCCAGCAUUGGCCAGUGAAGGGGCUGUUCCUCCAAAUGCUACCCUUCAUAUAACUCUUGAGUUGGUUUCUUGGAAGAGUGUUUCUGAUGUCACAAAGGACAGGAAGGUCAUGAAGAAGAUCUUGAAGGAGGGAGAGGGUUAUGACCGACCAAACGAUGGGACAGUGGUUCAUGUGAAAUUAAUUGGGAAGCUUCAGGAUGGGAAGAUCUUUGCGAAGAAAGGUCAUGAUGAGGAGCUCUUUGAGUUCAAAAUAGAUGAAGAACAAGUAAUUGAUGGUCUUGAUAGAGCUGUGAAGACCAUGAAGAAAGGAGAACAUGCACUUAUCACUAUUCAGCCAGAAUAUGCUUUUGGUUCAUCUGAAUCACAGCAAGAAUUGGCUGUUGUUCCUGCAAACGCAACUGUGUAUUAUGAGGUUGAGUUGGUCUCAUUUGUGAAGGAGAAAGAAUCUUGGGAUAUGAACACACAGGAAAAGAUUGAAGCUGCAGGGAAAAAGAAAGAAGAAGGGAAUGCAUUAUAUAAGGCUGGUAAAUAUGAAAGAGCAUCAAAAAGAUAUGAGAAGGCUGUUAAGUUCAUAGAGUAUGACUCUUCUUUCAGUGAUGAGGAGAAGCAGCAAACUAAGUUGCUAAAAGUAACUUGCAAUCUUAACGAUGCAGCUUGCAAGUUGAAACUUAAAGAUUACAAGCAGGCUGAGAAGCUGUGUACUAAGGUGUUAGAACUUGAUAAUAAGAACGUGAAAGCUCUAUACAGGAGGGCUCAAGCAUAUAUUCAAAUUGUUGAUUUAGAUUUGGCAGAGGUGGAUAUCAAAAAGGCUCUGGAGAUUGACCCUGAUAACAGGGAUGUGAAACUGGAGUACCGAGUCCUAAAGGAGAAAAUCAGGGAGUACAACAAGAAGGAUGCACAAUUUUAUGGCAACAUUUUUGCAAAGAUGAACAAAUUAGAGCAAGUAAAGGGAGCAAAACGGGAGCCAACAUCCAUGGCCAUUGACAGCAAGGUUUGCAGAUUGCUGGUUAUUUUGGUUUGCCUCUGUCUGAUACUUUCCAUGAUCACAUUCUUAACAUGGCAAAAAUGGUCAGAUCCCCUUGUGGAUCAUGUGGUUAUGUAAGCUUCGUGCCUGGGUUCAUGUUGUAUUUGCAGUUGAACAUAAGUAGAAAUCAUCUUAACCACUUUGUAUAAGUCGUUCAAGUCGAAGAUGAUAAACUGUACUACAUAUAUACAUUGUGGUGCUAGCCUGCCAUCUGAAUUUCAGGAUAUGACAUUGUGGUUUAUCUUGAGGAAGAUGUUUCCUCUUCAUUUGAAAGAAAUGUAGUUUCAUGUGAUUGACAUUGUAACUUGACAUCUCAUCGUAUUAAGAUAUUAAAGUUGCUCUAUGUUCA